AACUUAUUACAUGGGAGCAUUGGUUUCAAUUCCUCUUGCCGGCACGUCGACGUUGGUUUCAUCGGCUGCGUCAUGUUUCGGUGCCGCUGCCUGUUCCGCCUUCUGUACGUCGAUUGGCGGGACGUUCCAGUCGUCUAUUCUCACGAGAAUAACCUAUGCAUUUUUAUUACUAUUCAACUCCCUUCUAUCAUGGAUAGCAUUAUCACCAUACGUGGUGCACAAACUCGAGAAGGCCUCGUUCGGAUUCAUCAACAAUAACUGUGGGGCCGAGGGUGGGCAAUGUAUCAGCUUUGCUUCUGUGCACAGAAUCAACUUGGCGUUAGGGGCUCUCCAUUUGCUAUUAGCCGGGUUGUUGAUAAACGUCAAGUCCACCACCAACCCGCGGGCGGCCAUCCAGAACGGCUGGUGGAAGUUAAAACUGUUGUUGUAUGUGGUGCUCAUCUUGGUCAAUUUCUUGUUGAUCCCUGAUGGGUUCUUUGUGUUUUACGGUAAUCACAUUGCCAUCAUAUUUUCCACCAUAUUUAUUGGGAUAGGGUUGGUUUUGCUUGUCGACUUUGCCCAUGCAUGGGCCGAGACAUGCUUGGAGAAGAUCGAGUUGGAGGAGUUGACGGGUGAUGGCGAAUAUAACGCUGGGUUCUGGAAAAAGCUUCUUAUCGGAGGUACUUUGCUUAUGUACGUUUCCAGUAUCGUGGUAACCGUCUUGAUGUACGGAUUUUUCGCCAACAAAGGGUGCUCGAUGAACAUCACGGCCAUCACGCUCAACAUGCUUUUUGCAAUCGUGAUCUCCGGCUUAUCAAUUAACCAAACCGUGCAAGAAUCCAACCCUCACGCGGGAUUAGCCCAGUCGUCCAUGGUUGUGUUCUACUGCACAUACCUCGUGAUGAGUGCAGUGGCGUCCGAGCCCGACGACAUGAACUGCAACCCGUUGGUGCGGUCUCGUGGAACCCGUACCGCCAGUAUUGUCUUGGGAGCGUUUUUCACGUUUAUCGCCAUGGCUUAUACCACCACGCGAGCAGCUGCCAAUUCGGCAUUUUUCGACGAUGAGGAAAGCACGGAGAUGGCCUCAGGCCUCAUCAGUUCCCAACCCAGCGGCCGUAACGAAAUGCGGUACCAGGCAAUUAAACAGGCAGUGGAUGAAGGUUCUUUGCCUGAAAGUGCCUUGAAUCAGUUGAGUUUGUACGACGACGAGGGAACGGCCGCCGAUGAGGAGCGCAAUAGUGUCAAAUACAACUAUGCGUUGUUCCACGUGAUCUUCUUCUUGGCCACGCAGUAUGUGGCUACUUUGUUGACCAUUAAUGUUAAGCAGGACGAAGUGGGAGACUUUAUUCCCGUCGGAAGAACAUAUUUUUCGAGUUGGGUCAAAAUCAUUAGCUCGUGGGUUUGCUUUGCAUUGUACGGAUGGAGCUUAGUUGCUCCAGUUGUAUGGCCAGAUCGGUUUGGGGUUCAGUUGUAGUUAUAUAGGUAAUGCGAUACAGUGAGCCACUUGCCUAAUUAGGCAGUCAAGACCCAAACAGUUUGAUUGGCUCGCGACUUGUGCGAACAUUUACAAAACCUG